AUGGACCUGGAAGCUAAAGAUGAAGAGGAGGAGAGUCUGCAAACUGCUUUCAAGAAGCUGAGGGUGGAGGCAGCAGGAUGCACGGGAACUCUGCCUGGGGGUGACGGGACCCUGCUGAGGACACCACUGAGAGCAUCUGGGGAGGGGGCCAAGCCACAGCCUGGCAGCUCCAAGGACAUAUGGCAUGGGUGUGUGAGGAAGCCUUCCCGAGGGUCAGCAAGAGUCCCACGGCGCAGACGCUCCAAGUCUCCUGUCCUGCAUCCUCCCAAGUUUACAUACUGCAACGUGAAAGCCACCAGCCAGUUGAAACACAACCCCCAGGCAGACCCAGCCACGGGCAGCAUCAGUUCAGACGUUUUUGUUGCAGCAGAACACGGUACGAAGGACGGGCACGAUUCUCACCUGGAGGCCGGCGAGGACAGGACUGAACCUUUGGAAGCUUUCACUGCCAAAGAGCCUUUGGAGAAGUCAAGAGAGAAUUUCCCUGCUCUCUCCUCAUCCUUUGAAACCAGCUUGCAUUGUAGCCAAACCUCUGAUUUCCAGUCCUUAUCCAUGCUUAGCAAUGGGAAGCAGUGCCCUUGUACGGACAGGAAAUGCCAGUGCAAACAGUGGAGAACCAUGGAAGUGUACUCAUUCUCCGGCCUGCGGAGCGUCCUGUCGGAAUGUGAGAAGGCAGUCCUGGGAGCCCAUGCCCAGUCUCUUCACAGAUCCCCCUGUGGGGCAGUGCCAACAGGUUCUCCUAGAUCUUGUUCUGAGCAAGCUCGAGCCUUUGUAGAUGACGUGACUAUUGAAGAUCUGUCUGGAUACAUGGAAUACUACUUAUAUAUUCCCAAGAAAAUGUCUCACAUGGCAGAAAUGAUGUAUACCUGA